AUGACGCAGCCGCUGAGACUCCGCCCCCAUCUAGCCGCGCCCCCCAUUAAAGUGCACGUGGUUUGUGUAACAAACAUGGCGUCGGUGGCGGAGAAGGAGUGUGGGGAGGCGGGAGGAGGAUCUGUGGGCAGCCCGGCUGGGGGAGGAGAUAACCGGAGCAGGUAAGCAGAGGGCGUGUUCCUGGAGUUAAUUGGGGGAGGGGAUGAAUUAAUUUAUUACAUGAAUGAAGGGCUUUAUUGCUCACCCUCCCUCCCACCCCAUUGGUGGAGACUGAAGCUAAUCCAUUAGGGGUGCGCUGGGAUGGGCACAGGGAGUGGGGUUUGUUUGCUUAGCUGGUGAUACAUGAUAUCACUAUGUUGUGGCAGCUGGGGUGUCAGGAUAUGGUAGUUGUAUGAGUUUAACACUCAGGUUUUCAGGAUGUGAGUUCAUAGGGUUAUACAGUGUUAAUGUAAUGUUACUUGUUUGCAUAUAUUCUUUUGGGACAUAGAAAUAACUUCGUUGAAUAUUGUUGGAGUACCUGAAUCCUGCAUUGUGAAACAGGUCAAUGAAUGGUUAUAACUUGUAUCUGAUAUUCAAAUGACUUUUUUAUUUUUUUACAGUCCUGUUUGAAUGGACUGAGUUUUUCUAUUAUUAGUGUAACCAAACCGUAGGUUUAGUUAAAGUGAGGUGUAUAUUUUUCUGCUUGAUGACAAUUUAGAUUUAUUUUAUUUUUUUAUAUUGAUGAUUUAAAAAGCAAAGGUGAAACCAGUCUAGUACACCUUUUUGUAGACUCCUGCUCUCUAAAUGGCAAUUUGUGGUUAAUUGAAACCUGACUUUUCUCCUACUGGUUAAGAUAGGAAACUCCUCCCCCUCUGUUUAUUACAUCCUAGAAUUUAAGUCUGUUCUCACAUCCAAAAUAAUGUUUGCUUCUUGUAUGUUUAUGCCAAUAUUUCCCAUGAAAUUAAUAAAACAUCGUAGAUACCCCUACUGAUGAAUGCAUCCACGUAAAAUAUAUGCAUUUGUGUAUGUGUCUCCACUGUUUUUAGUGGAUCUUUGGAACCCAGUUCUAUAUCAGCCUUGUUUAUUAAAUGUUCACAUCUGUAUCAUAAAGCAACCAGUUUACCAAAGAAGACUUGUGAACAACAGCUGGAAAAAGAUGCUGAAAUCCGUGCUUGUGCGACUGCACUCAAAAGGCAGGAAGGGUAAACGUAAAAAAAGGUAGUCACAUAGUGUGAUAUCUUGACCUGUUUUAUUCCCUUAGUGAGCACAUGCAUUGUGCCAUUAUAUAUGUCUGCAAAAGUCAAGUCCCUGUAAAAUUGGGGCACUAGAAUACAGCAUAUGGAAAUCUGCAAUGGGAACUUAAUUAUUUCACUUGGGGAGCUUGACUGACCUGCGCUGGACUCUUCCUAUCGCUAUUAAAAAAAAAACAAAAAAAACUUAAACUUAAAAUUUGAAAUUCAUAUAUCACGAUAAACUAAGGUUUGGUCUAUAUUGUAAAGUAAUAUUACUAAGUUUGUAUCUUGAGAGCCAAUAAAUACAAAAUAUAGGAGUGAAGAAAUGAGACCAAAUUGAUUUAUACUGUAUACUUAGCAUCUAAAUGUUGCUACCUGUCACCUGCUCUAAUACAGUAGUAUGAUGCAGUGAUUUGAUUUUAAAAGCUGACCUUUUAAUUUGGAACAUUGAAUCAGAUUGCCCUGUGCUUCUGAUCUGACCAUACCAGCUUGCUCUGUUAAAUUAUAUGGGUGUUUGGAUUAUACUUUCCUAGCAGUGUAGUAGAAACGUUCUCAAAUGCCUUUCUAAUCCAGAAUGAUUACUUUUCUCUUUAUUUAAAGGGCUAUUCCAGGCACCCACAUGUUUGAUCCAAUCCAUAGUUAAUCUGGGUAUUCCUUUUUAAUUUUUGUUUUGCACUAAAUUGCAACCUUUUCUACCCCUCUAACUUUAGUGCUUUCUAUUUUGUUACAAAUAUGCUGUUGUAUGUUAUGUCAUGGCUUGGUUUUCUGUCUGCUUUUAAGAAAAGAGACAUCUGCAUUGCUACUCCCAGAAUCCCUUGCUGUGCCCCUAAAGCUGGGAUUAACUCAGCAGUGCUAUAGACAGUUAAAGGAGAACCGACACUUCUCUGGAAAUUACACAAUUGAAUGAAACAUUGAAACCUGUGACUGACUCCAAGGUUUACUCAAAGUACCAUGACCACUUAAGCGUUUUCAAGUGGGCAUGCUUCUUGAUGUGGUGCAUUAGUUUGAAAUACUGCACUUAAAGAUAUAGCACCUUGCUGCCGGAGGUGUAAUUAAACCUUCAGCAGCGUCAUUAGCCAGCCCGGAUAAAGAAUUCCAAUCUGGCUGUGAAUUAUGUGCAUAUUGUGUGUCUAUCGCUAGCAUGCAUAUAUCCUUCCAAGUCCGGCCCUCAGUCUGCACUCUGGGAAAUCCCCAUCUCCUUAAGUAGGCAUUGGGGUAGAUGUCACUGUAGGAUGAUAAGACUGCAAGACAAUUUGGCCUUGGUGUAGGAUCUUUCUCUUUUCCUUUUAUUAUUUUAUAUUUUAUUUGGCAGCACCAUGCCAAACAGGCUUACUACAGCUAAAAACAGUCAUUUAUUUUUGUUUUUCUUCCUGAAAAACAAACCCAUUUAUUUGUAAUGCUUUUGCCUAUAUUUUAACCCAUCCUAUUUCAUUAUUUUCAAUUUCACAAUCGUCCAUAUAUGGUAAAUUUUGUCCACUUCGUUAUAGAUCUAGAAAAUAAACGGUUUUAGCCUUCCUGGGUAACUUAUUUUGCUGUGACAAAUAGCACCCUUUAACACGUUUCUAGCUGUAAAUGAUUCACUUUCGCCACUCAUAAUUAUUUAUUUAUUUUUCAAAUUUAAUACUAUAAGGACUAUUGCCUUUAUAUGAUGUUUAUGCUGGAAUUGGUAAAACUGCAGUCUGUUUUCUGAAAUGACAUUUUGUGCUAAAUGGUUGUCAUUUCUUUCAGUGACUCCAUCCCAGCGAAUACAGCAUCUGGUGUGGAUCCAGAGUCCUCCAAUGAAAAAGAUGGCUUGGUAUGUAAUUGUUUUUCUAUACAUAUUCUGUGUCUGUAUUCUACUUAUUAUGCUUGAGUGUGCUUUAGCCAUAUACCCUCAAAUACGCUAUUUCUUUUUUUUUUUUCUAUGCUGCUUCCAGUUCUCCUUGUUAAUCCGUAGUACUAAUAUUCUUAAAGAAAGGCUGUCAAGCUAUGACCCUUUUUCAAGCUAUCUUAGUGGACAUGGUUAGACCAGUUGGACAUCCCAGAGUUGAAGCUAUACUUCAAGCACUAUUUUCACUGUUUCCACCUAACCACACACUGUGAACUUAUUUUGACUUUGCCUUGAUGGUUUGUCUUGUUAUCUAGAGUCCACUGGGCGCCGAUUCUUGCCUCAAUGAGAGCCGGAAGCUCUCUGCACUGCAGAGCUUAACUCAAAGGGGCUAACUGAAGUUACUAGCCAUGGUUUUUGUCCAUUCAGGACUUGUAAGGGAAGAGACAGGGAGAACAAGUCCUGGUAGACUUCAAUUAUGUCAAACCAUUACUAAAUGGUUUGACUUCUUAAAUUGGGGGGGCACCGGGGCACUGUCUGCUUAUGUGGUAAUGCCCAUACGAGAAGGGGAAUGCAAAUACUUACCUAAUCCCCUUAGUAUCACCAUCUUAAUAUUUUGUCUGGUAUUCAGCUCCUGGUGACAUAAUCUGCCAGAGUCUGUGGAAUAUCCCAUGGGAUCCUAUAUAGAGUAUUUUGUGCAUGCACAAUGAGCUGCCAUAGCACCCUAGCAGAUUCCUCUCACAGGCCAUGUUUUUGAGAUAAGCACAGUCUCUCUGAUCUGCAUUUCUAGUUUUUGGUAUAAUUCAUGUACUUGUCUUGUCUCUUGCAGGAAGGAACAGGUGAUGGGGAGGCUGGGGACACACAAACUGGCUCAGUUGAUGAAGAUAACACGCGUCAGCUUGGGGAUAUUGAGCUGCAAUGCAGCCUCUGCACAAAGUGGUUUGGAGCAGAUCAUUUUGGAAUAGACACUACGUAUGUAUGAUCUCCUGUUUUCAAAUACCCAUUGUUCAGUUUCUAACUCAUUACAUGUAACAGCCAGCUUUCUGCCUACCCUCUUUAAUUAGUUUGCUAAAAAGCCAUUUUUUGGCAUAAGGCAAUUAUUUGCACUCCAAGUCUUCAUAUUAAAAUUUAAAAAGAUUUAAAAAAUAAAUAAAAAAAAUUACACAAUACUGUGAAAAUCUUCUGACUUUUUUAUUUUUUUAUUUUUUUCCCUCUUCCAAUAUAUUUACUUUAACUUAUGGGGGCAAUCUUUCAAAUGUAUUUAUUUAUUUUUAUACUGCCUGCUAAAUGAAUUGUAGUAUUGAUAUGAACUUGUUAAAUGUGUUCUGAUUAAACCCAGACAUAACGUUGAUUGAGGUUUUUUCUAGUAGGACAGUACUAGGAUUCAAUAUUGAAAUUGUAGUUUUAUUUUUUUAAAUUUUUUCCUUUCAGGUCAUGUCUACCUUUCAUGACAAACUACAGCUUUCACUGCAAUUUAUGUCAUCACAGUGGUAACACAUACUUCCUCAGAAAGCAAGCCAGUAAGUAAAAGCCCAGUAAAGGGUCAUUGAAGACAAACUAGACACAGUAACACUCUAACUUGCUAAAGUGCUUUAUCUGUCUGGAGUCUCUAUUUGGGAGAGUUUAUAAAACUUAUAUUUUACCCCACUCCCUCUAGCAUGUAAGCUCAUUGAGCAGGGCCCUCAACCCCUCUGUUCCUGUGUGUCCAAUUUGUCUGGUUACAACUACAUGUCUGUUCGUCCACCCACUGUAAAGCACUACGGAAUUUGUUGGCGCUAUAUAAAUAACAUGAUUAUAAUACUCAGAGAGAGACUUAAGAAUUUACAGGUAUAUACACUGAACAAAAUUAUAAAUGCAACACUUUUUUUUUUUUUUUUCUUUGCCCCCAUUUUUCAUGAGCUGAACUCAAAGAUCUAAGACUUUUUCGAUGGACAACAAAAGGCCUAUUUCUCUAUAAUAUUGUUCACAAAUCUGUGUUAGAGAGCCCUAUGCACCAGGUCCUGCCAAUAUCCAGCAACUUCACACAGCCAUUGAAGAGGAGUGGACCAACAUUCCACAGGCCACAAUCAACAACCUGAUCAACUCUAUAUGAAGGAUAUGUGUUGCACUGCGUGAGGCAAAUGGUGGUCACACCAGACACUGACUGGUUUUCAGACGCCCCCAGACUCCCCCAAUACAGGAAAACUUCACAUUUUAUAGUUGCCUUUUAUUGUGGCCAGCCUAAGGCACACCUGUGCAAUAAUCAGGCUGUCUAAUCAGCAUCUUGAUAUGCCACACCUCUGAGGUGGAUGGGUUAUCUCGGCAAAGAAGUGCCCAUCUUUACAAUAUAUGGAUGUGCAUACUAUCUUGACCAUGAUUAAAUCUGCAAAAGAAUGAGUAUAGGGAUCCUUAGGGUGGACUGAAAUAACACCUCUAGCACAAAAAGGGGUGGGGGGUGGGGGGGGGGCAUUUAGGGCUGUCGUGCAGAUAUCCAAGUGGUUGGAUGUGAUAUGCCACCUCCUUUGCAUACUAGUGCUCUGUACUAGGCCUGCAAUCUCCAAAACUGCUCCACGGGGAUUAAUCCUCAAUUAAGACUCAAAUGAAACACCAGCAGAGCCUACUGCAUAUUGUCCUCGUCUGGCAAUUAAUUACAAGCGCUUUUUAGGUUACUGAUGAACCAAAAGGUCUAUAAAGCUGCAAUUGCUAUGUUGCUAAGCUUCCUUCCAGCAUGGCUGUCAGGCCCAGCCUCCCAUCCUUUUUUCUAUUAAAUCCUGAAAAAAAAAAAAAUGAAAAGUAAAUCAACAGAGAAUGUCAUUUAAUUUCCUCAGACAUCCAGUCACCUUGUUUAUUUGAUCAGUUAAUCACACUUGUUACUAUCUUUUUUAUUUUUCGUGUUUUUGCUUAUUGUUCGAAUUAUAAACUACAACUGUAACUAUGAUUUGUGUAGCCAAAGACUAGAUCUCACCACUAUAGACUGUUUAAGUGCAUGGCCUGUUUUGACAUUUUGUUGCAUCCUUAUUGCAGACUUGAAGGAAAUGUGUCUGACUGCUCUAGCCAACCUAACUUGGCAAUCUCGUAACAAAGAUGAGCACCCAAAGACCAUGUUUUCCAAAGAUAAGGUACUAUCACAAUUUUUGACAAUGUAGAAGAUAAUGCUUUGAUCUAAGUUGGAUGAAAAAAAUAAGAAUUUUCAGUAUAAUAAAAACUUAGUGUGUAUUCUUUUUUUUUUUUUUUUUUUUUUCAGGAUAUAAUUCCGUUUAUUGACAAAUACUGGGAGAGCCUCACCACACGGCAGCGACCUGGGAAAAUGAGUUGGCCAAACAGUAUUGUAAAAACUAUGGUAGGGAUAGAUCAGUAUGGGUGCCGAGGUGUAUUAUUUUUUUUUUUUUGUUUGUUUUGAAUUCUUUAUAUUAUACUGAUGGUACAAAACAAUUGAGAUAAGCAAGAAGGCACAUGUGAUGAACAUUGCAAAUAUACAUGGAGUGAUAGCGUCUAGUUGAGAAGUGAUCCAUUUUUGCCGGUGGAUCGUGAUCCGAGCACUCCGAUCGACCUAGGACAUGAUGUUCUCAGUGGACACAGCGAACACUGAUACCACCACGUCCUAGGAUGAUCUGAUCCUCCGGCUUCAAUCUACGCGCGCAAACCGAAGAGACGUUUAAAGCAGGAAGAUGAGCACACUACACAGGAUCCAUUUUCAGCACAAGUACAGUAAGCAGCCACGCUACACAGGAGGAUUCCUAAGACUUUUUCAAUCUUUCAGCUCCCUUUGUAGCAUCUAAAGGGAUCCCUUAGAUCAGGCCUGUCCAACCUGCGGCCCCCCAGAUGUUGCCGAACUACAACUCCCAUGAUUCUUUCAAUGAAACAGAUAGCCAGGGAAUCAUGGGAGUUGCAGUUCAGCAACAUCUGGGGGCUGCAGGUUGGACAGCCCUUCCUUAGAUAGAAUAUACUACAAAAAACGGGCUGAAUUACAUCUCUGAAUUUUUACCCACUUUAAGACUUUAGGUAUUGGCUUAAUGUGAGCUAGACAUUCAAGCUCUUUGUUUUUUCUCUUUUUUUUUUUUAUUUAAGCUUUUAGAAACAUUAAAUAUGUAUUUUUGUUUUUUUUUCUUAAGGAAUUUUAACUUGCUUGUUUUUUAUUCAGAAUAAAGGAUUUUUUUUUUUUUUUUUACUUAAAGCUAUAUGUCCCUCUGCGCUUUUUUCUGUUUCUGGGUAGAAAUAAUGCUUUAACCCUUUAGGGACCAGACUGUUAAGAGGUUCGGAAUAUGGUCCUUGCAUAUGUUAAUUGGGGGAAAAAGAGAUAUCCAGGCACACCUGAGUUUUCUUCUAAAAGGCAGUCUUUAUUUGAAACAAGGAAGUGGAGACCAAGUUUCAGCUCAGUCAGACUUGUUAAAGGCUCAGAGAGGAGCCAAUACGUUGUCUCCACUUCCUUGUUUCAAAAAGACUGCCUUUUAGAAGAAGCAUCAGGUGUACCUGGAGAGAGAGAGAGAGAGAUAUAUAUAUAUAUUUUUUUUUUGAUGUCUUUAGGGAUUGGCCAUCCCUUAGGAAGUAUUCCCCUUCCCCCUCACCCUCCUUCUUUUAAAAAUUUUUUUAUUAAUUUUGUUUUGUAAACCACUGUAGUUGCAUAUGUUUCUUUAUUCAGCACUUUAUACAGCCUUGCAUUCAGUAAAUGAGUAUGACCUUUCUUUGUGAUUUAUGUGAUAAUGAAAUUGUAAAGCAUAUUUGCCUCAUUUACCUUUUUAUUUUUAUCUAGAAUUAAAGGGUUACUCCAAGAACCAUGGCCAUGUGAUUUGAAGUGGUCAUGGUGUCUGGGCUCUGCGUGUGCAGCAUUUCUUCAUGAAACGCCUCAUUUGCAUUAUUAGUCAGCCCAGAGCAAGAGUUCUAGAGGGCCUAAUGUCAGUUCUGUGCAGAUUACCAUUCACAGUGUGCUUUAGUUGACUUCUGUCAGCCAAUUAAUGGCGACUAGACCAGCUUCUGCAAUUUUGCAGAAGUACGUCCCCAGAGGAAAAAGGGGCAUGUGAGCCCGGAAGUUCCCUGGGUAAGAGGGCAAACGUUGAUAAAAUUUGCCCUUCUUUCAAGAGAACCUGACCAGGGUAGGUUUGGUUGGGCUGUAGUUCUUAUGUUUUGAGUAAAAUUGUGCAAUGCAUAAACUUACCAAAGAGUCAGAAGAGCUCUGUACAGUGUUAAGAUGUGACUCUUAUUAAUGUAUGAUUUAAAAUUUUUAGACUAAAGAGCGAGAUGUGUUUCUCGUAAAAGAGCAUCCUGAUCCAGGAAGCAAAGAUCCAGAAGAAGACUAUCCAAAGUUUGGCCUUCUUGACCAGGUAAAAAAAUUUAACUGUGUAGUCGACUAGCCGUGUAAGGAGAGGAAGGUUAAAUGCUCUUCAUUAUGGGACAAGGAGGAAUGUUAACUAAAGUGACAAUUGUCGGGAAAUCAUAUAAACUUCAUAUUGGUCUAAAUUAGCUGAAGUGACAGCAUAGCUGACUUAGUAUCUUCAAAUUCUGCUAUUUUGGCCUUAAAUGUGACUUUUUUUUUUUUUUAUCUGACUUGACUUGAAUUCUGACUUUUCCAGGUUAUUCAGUAAAGUGAAUUUCUAAUGGAAGGCCAAAACAGCCUAAUUGAAAGCGUAGCUGACUUGGAGACUAUAUCUGUUUUUGUCUUUUAAUUCCUGGCAAUUCUCACUUUAGUGAAUAAUUGUGUUUGUAAUUAUUACUACAACCCAAAAACUGCAUAUUCCUGGCAUUCUCCCUAUUAAUGUUUAGACUUCAUAGGAUACUGCUUGAGGUGCAUGUGUGUCCCCACAAGGCUAGUAAUGCUGUAUUAGCUAGUGUAAUGUAUAGACAGAAUUAAUUGCAAUAUGGUACUCUUGUUCUACAUAACCAUCCUUUUUCAGAAACACAAGCUUUAUCUUGUCUGCAUUUGUAUUACAGUAUAGUUAAUUUUAUGUAAAAAAAAAAAUUUUUUUCAAAUGUUUAAAGGUCACUAUUUCACAAAUCAGUGGUCCUCUAGGUUGUGUUGCAUGAAUUGCAUUAAUGUUUUCUCAUUGGGGCACCUAGUGGUACGUAUGUGGAUUAAAAUAGAGUGUUGUUUUUAUUUUCAGGAUCUUGGAAACAUCGGUCCAGUCUAUGAUAGUCAGAGACAAAGUAGCGCAGUAUCCACUGGUGGGAGUUUAAAUGGUAAUGAAUUGUUUAUUAUGUUACUUAAAGUGCCUCACAGUGUACACAUGGAUAAAACAGGGUCAGUCGUUGACUAAAUCCAAAUGUCUGCCUUUCUUUGCAUGAAACAGAAUCAUAGGAACUGUCAGUUCCUUAUUCGCUCACACUCAGUAAACACCUUUGCAUUGUUUACUGAGGUGAAUUAAGCAGUGGAGGAAUGUGUGUGGGCGUGGCUUCCUCCCCCCUUUCACCUAGCAUGUGAUGGGCACCUUCUGUCUCAUGUCUUGGGUGUGUUUUGGCAUGUAGCGUUACACACUCUGCAUGUACCACUCGUACUGUACUUCAGAGGGAUAAACUAUUUUUUACAUGCUGUGUUGAUUCACUUAAUAUGGCAUGUUACAUUUUUAUUUAUUUAUUUUUAAUCAGAAAAAAAUCUAUAGUUUUGGCACUCUCACUAUAUGCAGUAGUUGGUGGAGAGAGGAAAAAUUAUUGCUAGUCUCCAUGGUGGCCUUUCCAUUAUUCCCAUUAACAUGUGCAGCAGUGUGUAUGUUAAUUAAUGGUGUGUUGACUUGACUUAACAGCUUCUUCCAUUAUCCUUUGCUAAACAAGCGGUGAGUGGAUGUGGAGACUUUUAAUAAAAGCUUCCAGGUAUUUACACUGUGCCCCUGUUUCACUUUCCAGUAAAUGGGUUAAAGUGGGGAGUUGUUAUUGUUUACCCACAUAUAACUUCAUACAGGGGAACAUUCGGUUGUCUUCCCCAGCAUUUUAAAAGUGUUUGUUUAUCAUGCAGAUAACCGUUGUUAUUGUGUUCUAGAUUUCUUUUAAAUGUAGUGGGUAUUUGGGUUAUUGGUAAAGUUAAUCAUAUCACCGGAACUAUAACCAUGUAUGUGGAAUAAUAGGAAAUUACGUUUACGAAAAUUGCCUUUCCUGACAUGCAAAGACCUCUGAUAUAAAUCUGGCAAAAUCGAAAACUCAACAAAUACCUUUUGUGCUAUAUUCAUGCCCCAAUUUACACGUGACUCUUGAAUAUCCUCAAUUGUGUAUGUUUGUAAAGAUUUAUAUUCCAUUUCCUUCCCCAUGUACCCUAAAGUGCAUUGCCCCUUCCAUCAACAUUCUAUAGCUCUUUAUUAUUUUAUUUUAAUAUUCUAACUAUUUGUCUCGCAGGUUCAGCAGGAGCCAGCAGUUCAGCCAAAGGUAGAGGAGCAAAACGCAAGCAGCAAGAUGGCAGUUCAGCCAACACUGCCAAAAGAACACGGAGGUAAGGUUAUAGUGCAGAGUUCUCUAUAUUAAUAUUAACUACUUUGACUGAAAUACAUUUGUAUUGAUGCUAAAAGGCUUGGCAAACAUACCUACUUUAUUAAAUGUUUUGCGUCUCCGGUCAGGGGGCAUUGCUUGGUUCCAGAAACACCUGGGGCCAGAGCCCAAAGUAAAACUUGAUGACCCCAUAGUUGAACAGGGAUGGAGUUUUGUCAUGACUUAUCCCUGCCUUUGUGUCAUGCCCUCCUAUCUGAAUAGUAUGCUACUGAUACACUCUGUGAUCUCAAAGAAAGCAUAGCUGCUACGUGGGACGUGCGUCGGGUUCAUGUUGCUCUUAACUCAUUAGCUUCCAAACAUGCUCAAGCUAGAAAAGGGAAUCUUGGUUUAUCAUACAGUUUUGACCAUUAAAAUUCCCUGAACCUGGUUUGUAUAAAGAAUUUUGGACCAUUGAACUAAAACAGGGGAUAUUGAGGACCAUUAUUAUUGUGAGGCUUAGUAUGUUGUACCUCCCAUUAAUACAUAAAUUUGUGUUGAGAUGGUGUAUAUAGUACCAACAUGUUUAUCCAAUAUGUCUGGAAUGCGCAAUGACGGCUGUUGGAGAGGCUGUGGCAACAGAGGAACCUCCACAUACGGUGUAGUUACUUUUAUGUAUUGAAUCUGUGGGAGAUUAACAGCCACACCAGCACUAUAGUGUCAGAAAUACAUGUUUGUAUUCUUGACACAAUAGUGUUCCUUUAAGGCAUCUGCUGCAUUGAUAUUAAUGAUCCUAUAUACAUGGGACAUAUUUUUGGUUUGCAAAAAGGUUUUUAUUUUAUGUGGUGAGGUUCUGAUGGGCAGACCAUGCAAUAAAAUCUUUAAUCAUACCUGCCUUGUCUGACAUAGUAGGAAACCUACCCAUAGUGGUUAAUAGCAGAAUAUAGGGUUUAUCUUAUCAAAGUAAUGAUAGGCCACUUUACCACAGCUCUAACAUUUCAUGCCCUAGUGUGCAAUUCUGCAGUGAAUGCUUUUCAGUGCAUUGUCAUUUAUUUCUUUAAAUUCCUCCAGUGACCCACUGUUCUCAGCACAGCGCCUUCCUCCUCAUGGCUACCCACUGGAGCACCCUUUCAAUAAGGAUGGUUACAGAUAUAUACUGGCUGAGCCUGAUCCUCAUGCACCUGAUCCAGAGAAACUGGAGUUAGACUGCUGGGCAGGAAAGCCUAUUCCAGGGGACCUGUAUAGAGCAUGUCUGUAUGAAAGAGUGCUCCUUGCUUUGCAUGACAGAGGUAAGUAGGAGUGUUCCUAAUAAUCUACCCAAUGUCCUCCUGUCCCCUUAACUGCUAUUGUAUGUGUAUGCUGUAUAUUGUCUUUAUCUAGUCUAUUCCAUACUCCGUUUUAUAUGCAGCUUUGCAACAUGCCUGUUAAUAAUAUUUCUUUUGUCACAGGACAGGGUAACUAUAUGUCUAUUAAUUCAAUGUAUCACUUUCAUCCAGCUCCUCAGUUGAAGAUAUCUGAUGACCGACUAACUGUCUUGGGUGAGAAAGGGUAUUCAAUGGUGCGAGCAUCACAUGGAGUGAGAAAGGGUUCCUGGUACUUUGAGAUAUUCAUUGAUGAAAUGCCCCCAGACACCGCUGCAAGACUUGGAUGGUCUCAGGCCUUGGGUAAGAACCUCUAGUGUUUCUAAGCAACUAAUAGUGUCCUAAAUAAUACAUAUAAGAAUUGAGCUUUGAUGAAUGUAAUAGGGCAGUAUAUAUAUUUAAAAAUUUUUAUAUAUAAACUGACUUUUGCAAAAAGAAUUGCACCUCUAAAUCCGACUCUGUUGAACUAUAUAACCUCAUUAGUUUCUCUUUUUUGUUCCAUCCAGGAAAUCUGCAGGCUCCACUUGGCUACGACAAGUUUAGUUAUUCCUGGCGCAGCAAGAAGGGAACAAAAUUCCACCAGUCGAUAGGAAAGCAUUAUUCAGAUUCCUAUGGACAGGGUGACACGUUGGGCUUUUAUAUUCACCUCCCAGACGAAACGGAGACUGCACAGUCUUUGCCUGACACUUAUAAAGAUAAGGUAUUCUAAUACUGUGUCUCUGUGAAAUAGUGGGCAAAAAAAAAAUAUUACCCAGGCAAGUGAAAAUGGAAGACUGUUAACAGAAAAUGUUUAUUAAACUGUUACUCCAACUAAAAAAAUACAGUGACCAAUGCUCCUCUGAGGUCACUCCCCCUGGAGUGAAAAAGAGGACUUGAGUGGCACGGAGGGGUGCUGUAACGGACCGUUUUGCUCACAAGAGGUUAAAAAACGUUUAGGCGAUAUUCCCCUUUCAAAUGCACAGACAGCUACUGCAAUCACCAAUCUCCCGAACUGCAAACUACACAAAUUCUCCAACUCACGAACAGGAAACUCACGAAUACUGCAAACAGCUGAACCGGAAAAACCAUACGAAAGGUUUACACUCCUGGCAGUCAGCAUACAAUCCAAUUCCCCCAAUAACGAGACGACACUUCGUUUGAGGGUUAAGCAGAAUCUCCAGAGCUGUGGGUUUAUUGUUCUUAUGUACACAUUCUUACACAUUAGUACCACCCACAGGGUUUUGGAAAACAACCAAUAAACAUGUACAAUAAACUCAGACACUCCCACACAAAAUCCUCCCCUCUGCCUGUGAUACAAUUACCUUACACAAUGGGUAAUGUAAUUAUCACAGCCAGAGAAAUACAGUUUUUCCACAUUAUUCAUAACUUGAAAAGUAUGCAUCACAUUCACAGAAUCAGAAUCAGCAUACUCCAAAUACAAACAAAUGUCAAAAUCAUCCAAAUUGGUCCAUUAGUUCAAAAUAUAGAUCGUAGUCCUUUGUGACCAAAUGAAGCAUGGCUUUUCUGCCCAAAACCAGUUCCACAGAGUCUUCUAUCCUGGAUAUAAUUGGGAAUUAAUCCAAUUAUCUCCAAGGACUGAGGCAAAACUCCAUUGAACACAUGGCAGCAAAAGACAAAACACAUAAAAAUAUAUAACUGUGCAGCCAUUGCACAAAACGGGUACAUUCAACAUAUCCCCCACAUUAUUACUGAAUGGCGCUGCGAGAACACACAGUUCAAUUGCCAUGGAGCCAAAGUCUUUCCCAUAGUCUUUCAUUAUACGAAUGGGCUCCAUGGCAUAGCUAUCUGGGGUAUCACCGCUCAAACAGGGCAAGCACCGAAUGACCCGACUUUCGUGUCUUCGCAGGGGAAAAUCAAGCAUUUCAAUAUGGGGCCAUAGUCUAAAGGCAGCAGAUUGGCAACUAGGCUUCUCCAGUGCAUAGUGGCGAGGUUGGUUCCGCCACAGGUGCUGUUCCACUUUUGGUUACCAAUGUGCUGUGCGGUUUGAAGACAGACCUCCAAUAUAAACAGAAUUAACAAUAGCCAUCCAGAACUCUUGUUCUGGGCUUGCAAACGAUGCUGCUGGAGGUGGAGUCACAGUUAUGGCAACAGAGGAUCUAUCUCUGUAUGUGCAGCCUUUCCUAGUGAAACACUGCACAUACAGACUCAAAGCACCAUGAUCACUUCAAAUCCCUGAAGUGGUCAUGGUGCUUGGAAUAACCCUUUUUAAAAAGGUUACAUUGACUCUUGUAGAACAUUAUUCUUCACUGCAUGCUGAUUGAAGUGUGUAUGUAUGUACUUACAUCCAUUAAUAAGUGGUUCACUGGCUUUGCAUCUCUUCCUGAGUUGUUUCAAAGCUGUUGUAAACCGCAAAUAUACUCUAAGGAAUUCAUGUUUAAAAUGGAAUGAGUCAAAAAGGUGAUUCUUUGUUGAACUCAUUUGCAUAUACCCACCCAGAAUCCCUUGCAGUAGUAACAACACAACAAAUUUAAGAUUUCUGUGGAAAAAGCAGGUCUUAUAGCUUGACUGGUGUGCAGAUCGGUGUUUAACAAUGUAUUGACUUUCAACUGACUUCAGGUGGAAGGGGUUUUCAAUCACUUUUUUCCCCCCACCGUAAGUUUCUUGGUUUGUGAUGUGUGAUGGAUGUGUGCAAUGUGUGUAUGCAUGUAUCUCAUCUUUUAAGCCUUUACACGUUUUCUCUUUGAAAGGCAUUGAUCAAAUUCAAGAGCUACCUGUAUUUUGAAGAGAAGGAUUUUGUUGACAAAGCAGAGAAGAACUUAAAGCAGACUCCAGGCACUGAGGUAGGUCCUGCUGUAAUGAAUGAUGAACCCCCCCUUUUAACAUUUUUACAGCUCAAAUCACACAAUCUUGAAAUGUUGGAAUGCUUUUCAGAUGGAUGAAGUCUAUAACAGAUAAUUUCUUUGUAUAUUUAGGCUUGAAACCGUAUUGUUUACCCUGGCAUUCACAUUAAAGCCAGGAGCCUGUGCGCUAUAUAUCCUUUGUUUUUAUUUUGUUUAUGGUGAUAAGUCUAAAUCAUUGUAAAGAACUAAAUACUACAUUCCUAUUAUCUUCUGUUUAAUCCUAGAUUUAAGUAGACAGAAUUUGGAGACACAUUUAUAGAGAUAAGAUUUCAUUGUAUUGCUGCUUUAGCGUUUGCAUUCCUGCCUCAGCUUAACCCCUUAAGGACACAUGACGGAAAUAUUCCGUCAUGAUUCCCUUUUAUUCCAGAAGUUGUGUCCUUAAGGGGGUAACAAGCACAUUUUGCUCAUUUUACAUGUCAUAAAUUCAGUUAGGCAGACAACUUGCAAGUCAAAAAUAAACUGUUGAUAUUGUGAGUCUUUGACUACAUUAGGUCAGUGUGUGUAUAAAUCUCCGUUAGUGGAGGAUAUGGUUUUAAGGUCUUAUGCUGGGGAUAGAUAUAUACUGGGGCACUUUUAAAAUCAAGAUUGGAGCCUCCAUUGUCCAAAUGUGUGCAUGUUCAUAAUAAUGAGCAAUUGUUUAUGUGGAUUUAUGUUUUUUUUUUACUCCAGAUUGUAUUUUAUAAGAAUGGAGUUAAUCAAGGUGUGGCCUUUAAAGAUGUUUUUGAAGGAGUGUACUACCCUGCCAUUUCCCUAUACAAAUGCUGCACAGUAAGUUUAUAAAUGUAGUACAUACGCUCUUAAAUAUGUAUCUCUUGUCCUUGUGUCUCUUCAUUCAGUGCUGCAUAAAGGAAUCGGUCUAUUAUAUGUCUGGCGUACAAGUGAAACUGGCUAUAACUUUUUAUUUGUAUUAUUUGUGCACAGGUGUCUAUAAAUUUUGGACCAUAUUUCAAACACCCUCCUAAAGACAAAUCCUUCCGUCCUGUGAGUACUCUUCCAGAAAGAACUUUGUUCUCUAUGAUGUGAUAUUGGAAUACAUAGUGUGUUAAAGUGUAUAAUGCAAUAAUGGCAUCAUGCAUAGUAUUGUGUCCACGUAAUUUAACACACUUUCCUAAAAUUGAACGAGCAGGGCUUGUUAUGUUUAUGCACUGUGUAAAUACAUAUAUCUCUGGGACUAGCCAGAGACAACUGAGACUGAAGAGUAAGUGUGGAAACACAUUGCUGUCUAUUUCCAUUGUAACUUGGCUCAUUGCCAUGGCACUUGAGAAAUCUCCUCUGCCCUUGGUGUGCUCUGCCCUUGAUUAAAAUACUAUUAGAAAAGGACAUUGCCACAUCAGUUGGAGAAAAAAGAAGGGUGGAAAUAAGAAUUAAAGUGCAUAUAAGCUGCAGUCUUGAUUUGUGAGCACAGAUCCCUUGCUGUAAGAACCCUCUUGCCUAAUAGAAUGCAUCACAGACAUGAAAACUCUGCAAACCUGUGGUUCUAAAGGAUGCCUUCUGAUUUCUUUCACAGGUUAGUGACAUGGCCUGGAAUGCUGUUGUGGAACAUACAUUAGGUGAUGUCCUUUACCACGUGGAGACAGAAGUUGAUGGUAGAAAAAGUCCUCCGUGGGAGCCUUAAUUAGAAAAACAAAUUUAAUUUAAUUUUUUAUAUUUUUCCCUUACCUUGUGUCAACUAUAAUCUUCAUGGCAGCUUAAAGUUCAAAAAUCUUUAAAAUGGCCUCUUUUCAUCACUUCAUCUUCAGGUGUGCGGAUAUCGAGGGAUUGCUUCAAUUAUUAAUUUUGGUAUUAACAAGGUUUUAAACCUAAAAUAAUCUCUCCCCUUCCUCCCCCCCACUGCAGUAUGGCAAUUACUGCAUGUACAGCACACCUUGCAAGUUUAACAAUGUACCCCACUUUGCUCUGUUUGAACAAACAUGUUAGUAUGGCUAGUCAAACUAAUUCUGUUUGUCUGACAGCGUUAAUGCUUAUUGAUUAGUGCUACAUUUAAAGCCCUUGAUUUAUGAUUACAGUUGUAUAACACUUCAUGCUUGACAAAGCUGUGUACAACUAUAGCCAACAUACAAGUCUCCAAUGACCAGAGUUCAGUGAUCCAUUGUUCCACACUCCUUGUGCAUGACGUCUUGAAUUCCUUGCCUUUUUUGGUUCUAAGUCCAUUAGCCAAACUUGGCUCUCUACUGCAUGGCUUGGUAAAGUCAUAAGAAGAUGUUGACCUUCAUGACCCUUUUUAGAUGUUUGUUUAUAUUCAAUAUUAAUUACCCAAUUUGUCACCUUAUUUUUUCUGAUCCUUAUGUAAAGUGCACCUUUUUAAUGGGUUAAACUUACAUUUUAAAAAGUGCAUAUGCUUCCAUCUCCUUUUUGGAUACCAUACAUUUUAGGAGUAUCACCAUACAGGCAGAACUGGCUUCUCCAUUCUCUUCUGAAGCAGAGAACCUGUUAAAAUAAAUCAUUUUACUAUAAUGCCCUUUCUUGUUGUAUGGAUGUAAUAAAGGGGUUGGCAAUAACAAUCCUGAAUGUGGCAUGGUUUAAAAUCUUUAUCAAGUGGUGGUUCAUAUCCUAGAAUUAUGACUUCAUUCUUUGGCCGAAACGGAUUCAAACACACUAUACUUGUGACUCAUAUUUGUUUUGGCCAUUCAAAUGCAAAUCAAAGUUUGCCCUGGACUACAUUGCCGAACUUGGUUCUCAGAUGUAAAAUAUUGUUUACUCUUUAAGUAAAUGUGUGAAAUAAACAUUUUUUUAUGGUUUA